AUGCGGUCUUCAGUCUCUACCGCGACAGUGCCGUCAAAGGAGCCUGUUCCCCGAAGCUUCACUGUGAAAGGGGAGAAACAGCAGGAGCCAAAAGCCAAGAAUGAACACGAUCACUUUUUCUGGACAUACACCGAAGAGCCCCAUAGGACACGACGUAUGGCUAUCAUCAAGGCACAUCCAGAGGUAACGAAGCUUUGUGGCCCUGAGCCUCUCACCAAAUACGUCGUCCUACUCGUCGUCUCGAUCCAAGUCCUUUGCGCAUACCUCCUCCGCAAUACGCCCGUCAUAUCAUGGACUUUCUUCCUUACCGCAUACGUAAUCGGUGCCACGGCCAACCAGAACCUUUUCCUCGCCAUUCACGAGAUAUCGCACAACUUGGCUUUCCGAUCGCCUCAGGCAAACAGGAUCUUUGCCGUGUUUGCGAACCUGCCAAUUGGCAUUCCAUACAGCGCCUCCUUCAGGCCCUACCACCUGACACAUCACAAGUCGCUGGGUGUCAAUGGUCUCGACACGGAUCUGCCCACUGCUUUUGAGGCUAUCUUCCUCGAUUCGGUCGCUGGCAAGGCCUUCUUCGCGACCUUCCAGAUUCUCUUCUACGCCCUCCGACCUAUGUUCGUCUACGCCCUGCCAAUGACCAAGAUUCACCUCUUCAAUGUCGUUGUACAACUCGCUUUCGAUUUCGCACUCGUCCGAUUCGCAGGAGGCAGGGCAUUGGGCUACCUGAUCAUGAGCAGCUUCCUCGCCGGAUCUCUACACCCGUGCGCAGGUCACUUCAUCGCCGAACACUACGUUUUCGAGAAGCCCAAGAAGGACCCGUCGAACCCCGCCAACAAGAUCCCACUUCCCGAGACCUACUCGUACUACGGACCUCUCAACUUCUUCACCUAUAAUGUCGGUCUACACAACGAGCACCACGACUUCCCUGCGAUCCCCUGGACGCGCCUCCACGCGUUGAACCGUAUCGCGCACGACUUCUACAAAGACUUGCCGCAACACAAGAGCUGGGUAUACGUCAUUUGGCAAUUCAUCUGGGAUAAGGACAUCAGUCUGUGGUGCAGGAUUAAGAGAGAGGAGGGCGGACGCAAGGUUGGCGCUGGCAGUGGAUGGAACGAGGAAGAGUUGGGCUCCAACGAGAAGAAGGGACCCAUCCCUGGUGUCCUAUAG